AGUUUUGUGGCAAUAGGGGGGGUGCUGUUCUAAAUCCCUUUUUAAAUGUGUUUUAGGCACAUAUCUUACAGACAGACACUUUUCUGUAUUUUGGGAGUGGUGCUUGUUUGAUUUUGUAUUUUUUUCUAAAUUCUUUUGGAAACCUUGUGGAUAGAGCAUAUAUACAAUGUUGGACUUGGAUGUUUGUGAAUUUGGAGGACAGUUUUUCGAACUGCUCUGUUUGACAGUUUGCUACAGAGGCAUCAUGGCUGAUAAAGACAAAGAAGUGCCCGUGGUUGAGGAAGAAGAUGAGCCAGAUCUGAACUACCAGCCUCCAGCUCAGAAGAGCCUACAGGAAAUUCAGGAACUGGACAAGGAUGACGAGAGCUUGAACAAGUACAAGCAGACCCUCCUUGGCUCUGGACCUGUGGUGGCAGAUCCCACCAUUCCUAAUGUUCAGGUGACCCGACUGACUCUGAUGUGCGAUCAGGCUCCAGGACCCAUCACCAUGGACCUGACAGGUGACCUUGAGGCUUUGAAGAAGAAGAAUUUCACCAUGAAGGAGGGCGUGGACUACAGGGUGAAAAUCCACUUCAAGGUAAACAGAGACAUUGUGUCUGGAAUGAAGUAUGUGCAUCUGACCUACAGGAAAGGACUGAGAGUGGACAAGUCGGUGUACAUGGUUGGCAGUUAUGGUCCAAGAGCUGAGGAGCAUGAGUUCAUGACCCCAGUGGAGGAGGCACCGAAGGGCAUGAUCGUCCGGGGAAGCUACCACAUCAAAUCCUACUUCACAGAUGAUGACAAGACAGAUCAUCUGUCCUGGGAGUGGAACCUGAAUAUUAAGAAAGACUGGGACAGCAAAGAGUAAAGAGGCUCUUCCUCUUUCUCCCUCUCCCAGAUACAUAGCAACGUACUGAAUUUUGGACAGGAGAGUUAGGUUAGGUAGAUAUGUGACCGGAGUUGGCUUUGCAAUUGAUUAAUUAAUAAUUAGUCAUAUAAAAAAUGCAGAAGAUAUACAUGUUAGGCAUAAUCAAUGGUGAGGACACACAAUGACUAGCAGGGUUUUAAAAGCAGCUUAGUACGUUGUAUGUAACCACUGUAUAACUUAACAGAUGAAAUUCCUCAUGCCUGUACUCUCAGGUUAGUGUACACUGUUAAUGUAAAUAUUACGAUGUCUGUAUUCUUGUAAUGCAUCUAAAGUUCUUCACACAGCCCAAGAUCAGUGAGUGCAUGCUUGAGUGUCAAGCCAUUGUGUCUGCAAUGGCUAAAUUCCUGUAUUGAUGAUGUAAUCAGCCUGCUGUUAAUACAGAUAUGUGGGAGUGGUUUGUAGUAAGUGUUGCUUGUAUUCAAUGGAGCCCAUAGUCAAACACUUCCUCGUACCCUGAAACGUGAAGUUUAAGAUCUCUGUUAAUCUCUGUCCAGGUUUCUGUAACUGUGUCUACACCUUUUAGCUUUUAUAUUUGAUUUUCUCGGACUUUUUGACAUUCUAAAUUCCAAAAUAAAUACGUUUUAUUGUUUAUAUGCUUGCUAAUACUGUUAUCUGUUCAUUUCAUACACAUUUUAAUUUCUGUCAAUCAUCUGACCAUUUCAUACAUAUUUUAAUUUAGUUUGAAUCACUAAUCCUGUGCUAUCAUAUUCCGAAUAUUAUCUAUAUUAUCUAUAUAGAAAUAUUACAAUAGGUAGUAUAGAAUAUUCCGAAUAUUAAUCUGGGGAAAUAAUCAAAUGUUUUGUAAAGAAUAACAUUCCUUUUGAGUUAAUAAAUUAAAGGAAUUGUAUAAUGUGCAAGUGCAUUUGGUAUGUAAUACUUUAUGAGGGAGAAAAAUGCUAAAUCAUUGUUAACUGUGAGCUGUUUAUUAAUGUAAAAGAGUGAGCACACAUAAAUAGCUUAAUGCUUUUAUGUUAAAUGUCAGUUGUUGAUAACGUGAAUCCACAGUCAAAAUAUGAGUACAAGAUGCAUUGGAUGUUAUCCAAAGGAAACCCUAAACAUAUUUCAAAAUAUUCUCACAAGUUGAAUAUUUUUUUUCCAAUUCAUAUUGUGAUUGAUAAUGCAAUUGUCAACAUAAUUAGAUGUUGUCAUAGAUUUCUUAUAAUUGUGUAUUGCAUGAUGCAAAAUGUUUAAAAAAAAAAAGUUAUUUAGGGGGUUCAUUGUGAUGUAAUGAGGCUACAGUAAGCAAUAAUGUUUAAUGUAAGAUUUCAUAAGGGCAUUUUCUCGGCUGAAUGAAUAGUUUACUGAAACAGAUUCUAAAGCUUCUGAAUUGUCAAACAUUUUCAUCUCGUAUUUUUAAUAAAGUUUGGCCUGUUGUUA